UGACACGUCCCAAAAACAAGAGGCGAAGAAAAUUGUGGGUUGGAAAAUCAACCUAAUCUCGUUGAAAAUCCAUCCCAAAGUAAAUGAACAGAUAAAUCAUCCACCGUAUUUAUGAAUUAUGACCAUAUUAUAUAAUCCCUUGCCGCAUUUACUCUGUAUCUCCAAAAGUUUUUAAAUCGUUCAAAUCAUUUCCACGUAUGUUGUAAGCGUCUCGUUUUCAUUUCACAUUGUCAUGGCGGUGGACCGUCGUCUCUGCUUCGUCUUGCCGGCGGUUUCCGGCGAGUUAAAGCCUUCUGUCACCGUUGAUUACACCGGAAACACAGAGACCAAGCGUCGGGAUUGUGGAGGUCAAGUUCUGGGCUUGAUCGGAGAUCUUUUCCGGCGAUUACAAGAUUCUAAAUGGGCGAGUUUGAAUUUCUGCAGAGACUCUGUUUCGCAAGAGACAAAACUCUUCGCCGACAUGGAAGGUGUUCAGAUUUCAGGCAAAAUCGGCAGUGAAAACCCGAGAAUCUUCGGAUACUCCGAGCUGUAUAUCGGAUCGAACGGCUUCAGCGACGACCAGAUCCUCGGAAGCGGCGGAUUCGGUCGGGUCUACAAGGCGGUGUUGCCGAGCGACGGAACCACCGUGGCUGUGAAAUGUUUGGCCGACAAGAAAGGUGAACAUUUCGAGAAGACUUUCGCGGCGGAGCUAGUCGCCGUCGCCCAGCUCCGGCACCGGAAUCUGGUGAAAUUGCGUGGGUGGUGUAUUCACGAGGACGAGUUGUUACUCGUUUACGAUUACAUGCCGAAUAGGAGCUUGGACCGGGUACUUUUCCGGCGACCGGAGAAGAGCAACUCGGGUUUCGAACCGUUGGAUUGGGAUAGGAGAACGAGAAUCGUUCGAGGACUCGCCGCCGCAUUAUUUUACCUCCACGAGCAACUGGAGACGCAGAUCAUUCAUAGGGACGUGAAGACCAGCAACGUGAUGUUGGAUUCCGAGUUCAAUGCUCGAUUGGGCGAUUUCGGCUUGGCUCGGUGGCUCGAGCACGGGAUUGAGUCAGAACCGAGUUACGACUGGUCGUCGUCGAUGUCAUCGUUUAGGAACCACCAGUUCCGAGUUGCGGAAUCGACUCGGAUUGGCGGGACAAUUGGGUAUUUGCCGCCGGAGAGCUUCCGGCAAAAGACCGUAGCCACCGCGAAAACCGACGUGUUUAGCUUCGGCGUUGUAGUUCUCGAGGUGAUUUCCGGCAGACGCGCCGUCGAUCUUACGUACCCAGAUGAUAGAAUCGUCCUUCUCGAUUGGGUUCGGAGAUUAUCCGUUGACCGGAAAAUCCUUAACGUCGGCGACUCACGCUUGCCUGAGGGAUCUUAUUCUCCCUCCGACAUCGAGAGAUUGGUUCAUAUAGCUUUGCUCUGCACGUUGAAUAAUCCGCAAUUGCGACCCAACAUGAAAUGGGUCACCGGGGCUCUUUCCGGCGAAAUCUCCGGCACCUUUCCGGCAUUACCGUCGUUUAAGAACCACCCUCGUUACAUCCCUCUAACUUCCCUGACGUCAUCUACGCCGACCACAACGACCAUGACGACGACGACGACAACGAACCGAACCUCCACAACGAGCUCCAACACGUCGGCAGAGUCCACAUCGUCGACGAAUUACGUCACUGCCCUGGAGGAAUCCAUUUACCAUACGGCAGAGCAGGGGCAAAACGGGUAUUUCAGCAACAACAGCCGGCGCCUUGAGUCGUCAAAGUCGUUUGUCGUGGACACGCCCAAGGAAAUUCCAUUCAGCGACAUCGUUUCGGCGACGGAUGAUUUCUCGGACGCUCGCCGCGUGGCCGAGGUUGACUUUGGUACGGCCUAUUACGGUUUACUAAACCGCGACCAACAUAUUCUGGUCAAACGGCUUGGUAUGACGAAAUGUCCAGCAUUGGUAACCCGGUUCUCGACCGAGCUCGUGAACCUCGGCCGGUUACGCCACCGUAACCUCGUCCAGCUCCGGGGAUGGUGCACUGAACAUGGGGAAAUGCUCGUUGUAUACGAUUAUUCCGCCAAUCACAUGCUAAGCCAUCUUCUCUUCCAUAACCGGAAUCCCAAGAACCCGGUCCUGAGGUGGAGGAGCCGGUACAACGUGAUCAAAUCCCUUGCCUGUGCAAUACGGUACCUCCACGAAGAAUGGGAUGAGCAAGUAGUGCACCGGAACAUAACAUCCUCCACGAUCCAUCUCGACCGAGACAUGAACCCGCGGCUUGGUGGCUUCGCCUUGGCUGAGUUCAUGGCAAGAAACGACCAAGCCCAUCAAGCGGCUAGGAAGAAGAAAGGGUCAUCGGUUCGAGGGAUUUUCGGGUACAUGGCGCCGGAGUACAUGGAAUCUGGCGAGGCCAAGACGACAGCAGAUGUGUAUAGCUUCGGGGUCGUGAUUCUCGAGAUGGUUACAGGACAACCUGCGGUGGAUUUACGGAGGAGACAAGAGGAUGUACUUCUAGUGUUGAGAAUCCGGGACUUGGUCGGAACGAAGAAGAGGCAGUUGGAGGAAGUUAUGGACAGUCGUCUAAGGGAAGAGCACGACCGGAGAGAGAUGGCGAGGCUGUUGCGGUUAGGGUUAGUUUGCACGAGGACCGACCCGGGUCUGAGACCGACCAUGAGCCAAGUGAUGAGCAUUUUGGACGGGAACGACAAGUUUUUCGCCGAACAAGGUCGAGAGGAAGGCAGCGUAGACCGCAAGCAAGUGUACGGCUCGUCCAUGUCAAUGAUCCGUGGAAUGCAAGCGCUUGGGAUUCACUGACGAUGAGUGUCAUGGGAAAGGUUUAGGAUGUAAAACAUACUUGGUUGGUCCAAUGUGAUCUUAGUUGUAAUGAUCUUUUCUUGUUGGAUUUUGAUUUAGUAUACCGGGUUUUGGUUAAUGGUUAUACAUGUUGGUAUUUUCAAUUUGGGGUUUUAGGAUCGUUUGGUAAAGGUUUAAAUUGGAUAUAAAACAAUUUUCAGGUUUGAGAAGAACCACUGUUUUUGA